GUAUAGCAUAUACGCAUAGUAAGAUACACACAAACAUGUGGGCUAAUUUGUCGACCGUACUGGACGAGGUGCGCAAUAUGGUUCCGAAGAGUUACCUCACCAACCCCCUUUACCGCCACACACCUCUCACCUACAUAUGUAGACUCGCUACUCACAUCUCCUCAAUACAAAAGCUCACCGAAGCAAAAAUUCGACAAUUUCAAAUACAUAUUUUCAGGUUCUACUAAUGCGUUAGACAUUAACUUGAUGUUAGUUGAGUUUUGCGUAUCGUGUGGAAUGGUCUGAAAAUAGAGGACUAGAUACUAUUUUAUUAUAUAUUAAAUUCUUAACAUACACAUGUAUAUGCAAUAAAUAUAGGUAAAUAAGAUAUUGCACAAAUAUGUCGGACGCAGCGAAUGGUGAGUCGAAAUUUGGGUUCAAGGAUAAGGAGAAGGCGGUCGAGACGUUACAAUUGCUCGAAAGUCAUGAUAUGCAAUACAGGAAAUUGACAGUACGAGGAUUGUUAGGACGCGCUAAACGUGUCCUUACCAUGACAAAAGCUGAGGAGAAACUCAAGAACAUCAACGAAGCAAUCGGAGUUUUCGAGAAAUGGCUUGAGGAGAAUGGCGGCGGGGCUGCCAAUAAAAAUUCUAAAACCGACAAAGAAGACAAAGUGGAAACAGUACCUGGUUUAGGCUUUAAGGAUAAGGAAGCGGCGGAAGCGACAUUGAGAAUACUUAAAGAUCGUGAUCCAGAUUAUCAAAGACUGGCUGUCAAAGGGUUGAUUGGUAGUUCAAAGCGUGUACUCUCCGGCACAAAGAAUGAAGAUAAAAUCAAGUCUAUUAAUGAAGGUGUUAAGAUACUAGAAGAUUUCUUAGAGAAGUUCGAAACAGAAAAUUUAAUAAAAAAUAAUCGAGCCUACCUCGCAUAUUCCAUUAUCGAGCAAUUACCUGAAGCCAAAGAUGAGUUGGCCGCUGAAUUUGUGAAAGCUUAUGGAGGAGCCAAAGCUAAAGGCAACUACAAACAUUUACGUACUAUGUAUCCGGAAGCCGAUGACUCGACAUCAUGGGAUAUUAUACGCAAUCGAAAUAUAGCAAAAAUUUUGGAAAAAAUUAAGGCUGAGGAUGCAAAAUUGUUCAAUGCUGAAACUGGUGAGCCAACAGAGAUUCAUCUGGAACUUAUACAUUGGGCAUACAGUCCACAACCAGACAAGGUGAAAUCAUAUUUGGAGAAGAACGCAAAGAAAAAGGCUGAGAAACGUAAAAUUGAACAAAAGGAAAACUCCAGCUCUGACGAAGUUAACAGCGCUAGUAGCGAGGAUGAUGAUGAUGAUGAUGAUGGCGAAACACCACAAAAGAAAAAGAAGACUGCAUAGAUAUUGUGUAGUGGAGACAUAUUGCAGUAUCAAAUUUUUGUACUUAUAAAAUAAUGCUGAAUUUUCACUAAACAUUAAAUGACACAAUUUUCUUUGACAAUGUUUGGUACAAAAAAAAACAAACUCUGCCGAAUAAUGGCGAAUCUCGAAAAGGCAGUUACGCAGAUUCAAUAAAGAAUAAUGCUGGAUUUCCACUAGGCAUUCAGCGACAAAAAAUUGCAAUGACAAAGUUGGGCAUUAAAAAAUAAUCGUGUCCAAAAUAUAGUCUUUAAGUCUAUUUACACAUGCCUAGUGGAAAUUCGGCAUACAUUUGUACAUAUGAAACAA